AUGGCCUCAUCAGCUUCGACAGCUCCCUCGGCCCCCGCCAAAUCGCGACCCUCUCUUAGCAUCGACCUCUCCAACCUCCCUCCGCUCUCCCAGCCGUCGCCUCCCAGCAAUACUCUCAUCAUCACCGAGCUGCACAACAUCCUGCUCUUCCAACCAUCCUCGCUCGCCGCCAUCCGCCAGGCCAUCACAUCAAUUGCGCAGCUCAACUCCUUCUCCCCAUUGCCCAGCUUCCGGCGUAUCGUCUGCUCGUUCCUCUCUACACAAGACGCUGUCGCAGUCCGCCAGCAUCUCGAACGCACCACUACUGUCUUCGGUGAGGCCGGCGUGCGUUCACGUGUUUACUUUGGCGAACACACCCCGAUCGAGAGUGCUGAGGUGGCAAAACGCAGGAAACUGCUCGAGGCGCCACACGCGCAGAAGCUGUUCUUUAUCAGCCCUCCUCCCAGUCCGCCGCAUGGCUGGGUGAUGCGCAAAGAGGACCCCCCGAACAAGGAAGUCCAUGCCACCGACCUGGCCGAGGCGCUUUCUCGUCUAGGCACGACUGGUGAGGCACCAGGUGCCACGCAAAGUGAGAUUAACAGCAAUAAUGACCGUCCUCCGUCACCAUUAUCCGACAAAGAACAAAGCCCCGUCGUUGCGCGAAUGGGCUCGUGGCCGGCUGGUUCUGGGUCGUCGGCCAGUGCCGGACGCAGCCGCUCGAGUACAUUGAUUUACCACCCUAGCGACCAUGGCGGUUCGCCGAAUCUGCCGGCUGUCAUGGUUGAGGAUACGUCGAUUUUGGGCACAGACUCUGACUUGGAUAUGAUAGAUCCGAGUCCUGUGGAUGGCGAGUCUGAAAGGAAGAUCCUCGCGCAUACGGCACGGCCGCCCGUUGAAUUGAUGUAA